GGAAAAGAUCCUCCCUGCUCUGCUGCAAGUUUCCAUCCCAUCACAGCAAGUAUGAACUUCUGCGGCUAAAACACGUGCGUAACGGGCGGUUUUAUUGUCAGAUGCACACAAAUGAGUGGAUUUUAAACAAAACUGGUUGGAAGUGAUACCCACGCAGCGUGUAAUUGGACUAGGACGGCCCCAUCCGCCCUGCCUCAACGCAAAAGGGAAAAAAAGCUCCGUGGAGAGACACGCCGCGCUCGCUGAUACGCUGCUGGUCCGGUCAGAGGGGCUGAACUGGAAACCGUCUCCAUCCACGACUGCACAUCUAACUCACACGCACACAUACCGAGCUUCCACCAAUAUGACGAAAAUCCGACAGAAGAGCAACGAGAAGAGCGCUGCGCCCAGCCAGGAGGACGUACCGAAGAAAAGCCCCAAAGGUGGCACCAACGGGGUGAGCGGGGGCCCCGGGCCACAGGGCCCCCGCUCCGGUGGCUGUCUCGGUCUUCUUGCCACCACCGUGUUUUAUGUGGCUUUAGUAGGGGCUGCGGGCUUCGCAGCGUUUCAUUUCCAGCAAGCCCUGGAUGAGAUCCAUCAGAUAAAGACGACGUACGAGCAGGGCGCGCGACAGGACGGGGAGCUGAGCACCAAAAUGGAGAGUGUCGUUCAACAGGUGGAGUCUCUGAGGAGUUAUGUGGAUGGUUUGGAGUCUUCUCUGGGCAUCACACGGGUGGAGCUGGAGGCCGCUGUGAGCCGGAUGAAGAGAGGUGAGGUGGAGACGAGGAGGGUGGAGGAGGCGCUUCAGAAACUCCAGAAUGAUCUUCUCAGGGACCUCUCCGAAGGCAUCAAGGAGGUGAAGGAAGCUCGAGAGAGAGAUUUCUCCUCUCUGGAGAGGACCGUGGAGGAGCGCUUGGCUGAGGUGAGCCAGUCCGUCUCAGCCAGCGUGGCGGAGUUCGCCGAAGCCCAGGGUGAAGCACAGAGUCAGCUCGCUGACCUCAAGGCCCGUCUGGGUGGCGUUGAAGAUCCCACUCUCCUGAAGCAGGAGCUGUCUGCCAUCGUUGAUGCUGUAACAGAAAUCAAAGCCGCAAAGCAGGCCGCUGACACGACUGUUGACUCCCUCAGACAGCAGAUAGGAGCCGUGAGAGAAGAGCUCCAGACUCGCAACCAGGAAGUUGUCUCGCUGUCUCAGGAAGUCCAGUCUGUGAGGUCUGUGGUGCAGGAGACUACUGGACGUCUGAAGCAGUCGCUGUCCGCCACAGAAGCUGGAUUUCAGGCUCUGAGGGACCAAACUGUGACUCUGCAGGACGGCAUGGAGCAGAUCACUGAGGCUGUUCGCUCCGUGGAGGAGAGAGCAACCGCAGCAGCUCAGAGCAAAUCAGAGGAAUUUGAGACCAGAGUGAAAGCGUCGGAGGAAAGCAGAGAUUCACUGUCUGCGUCGUUGUCAGACAUCAGCAGCAAAGUUGAGUCUCUGUUGGCUAAAUAUGAUGCUCAUGACAGCAGCUUGGCUGCACAGGGGGAGACGGUGGAGAGAGUCACAGCUGAGCUGAAGCAGGAGCUGGGGGUGAUGAAAAGCAGCAUGGAGGAGCUCCGGUCCAUGGGAGGAGGCCACGUUGAAGCAAAGGACUCCAGCUCUCAGGUGGAGGAGUUGGAGAUGAGGCUCAGUGCUCUGGAGGACAGCAGCGCAGUGAGACCCGAGGAGCUGGAAAACCUAAAAACAGCCGUUGAUGAGCUGAAGAGCAAAGCAGCUGAGCUAGGUGGCCACGAUCAGGCCAUUGCUGCCCUGCAGGAGGCGCUGCAGGAGACCAAACAGACAUUAGCUGGUUUAUUUGGAGGUAAACAAGAGGAAGGAGUCAGCAGCACAGAGGAGCUGCAAUCCAAAGUGGCUGCUCUGAGCAAGAUCAUGGAAAAGGAGUUCAACUUGGAUCAGCAGGUGGAGGAGCUGGAGAAGAGACUCGCUGCUCUGGAGGACAGGAUGUAGAUGGAAGGGAGCAGGAAUCAGCCUGGGAGAAGGUCAGUGAUCUGCUGAAAACCACACAAACACCUCCGGUCCCAUCGAGAGGCCAGAAGGACGCAAGCCUUUAGUGAUGCAGCCGAACGGCGAGAACCAGCGGGGGUGAUGAAUCAAAACAGAGGACCACGCCCCAGUUUCCCCUUUUUUAUCCCAACAUGACGACUGAUGUCGUGAAGCUCCACGGAACAAGCUGUGAGCGACGGUGCUGGACCGCUGAUCUGUGAACUCAUUCAUUCUGCACUGCAGUUUCAUGUUCUGAUGUUUUCUUUUGUUAAACUUCAAAAAAAAGUUUUUGUUCUUUAGAAAAAAAAAAGAAAAUCCCAAAUGCAGAAACAAGCACUCCUUUGUUUACUCACCAAAUGUUUAGUUGUUGUAGAAUAAAAAGAUUUUGUUGACUCAGAA